AGCAGCUCCUCUGACAGCAGGCAGCUCAGUCCCGCCGGAUCAGCUCUGCGGUCAGUGCUGUCACUCUCUGACAGUGUCUCCAGCCAUGAGGAGCGCCGGGAUCAGGACUGCGCCACCAUGCCACAGGAUAUAACCGAGGAAGCGACGCAGAGCCCCACAAAGAACAUCCGAGAGUGUGUGGAUUAUUACAGCAGGACGACAGCUCUGUGCGCUCGACACUCACGUCCAUGAUCGGCAGGGCGAGCAAACUCGGUAAAGAUGGAAAAACUUGGUGGAGGCAGGAGGUGUCGACUACCCAGCAUCACCUGAAGAACUGGAAGGUGAUGCUGUGGGUGGUGGCAUCGUUGCUGACACUGGUGGAAGAUGUGUUUUCUGAGGACGAGAAUAAAGAAGCUCAGUCAGAUCUCCAGGGUGUCCUCAGGCAUCCCUCCUGGUCUCCUGCAGAGGAACUGGAACAGGGCAGAGUCCACACACCCUGGUCUGAAGCUGUUGAGGAAUGGUCACUGACGCAGGGAAAGGAAAUCCAGCAGAGCAGAUGGCGGCGCUCCCCUCGUAAUCCAAACUUACCCAGAAUGUCACAGAGGAACCGCAAAAAGACCAAGAACAGUCGUGACUGCCACUUGGAGAAGAAGGAGAUGCGGGUGAAGGAUCUCGGCCUCGGCUACGACUCAGACGAGAUAGUCCUCUUUAAGUACUGUGUUGGCACAUGCCACAGCUCCCGCAAAAACUAUGACCUGGCCCUCAAGGCUCUGAUGGCCAAUGGGAGCAUCUCCGGCAAGAAUGUCAGCAGUCACCCCUGCUGUCGGCCUAUUCGCUAUGAGACUGUGUCCUUCAUGGAUACCCAGACUACAUGGCAGACAAUUAAGUGGCUCUCGGCGGCCAACUGCAGCUGUGUGGGCUGAUUGCAAAUAAUAUUGUCUAUCUGUAAUACACACACAUGCUCUUGUGUGAAAGAGCAGGACGCUCCAAGUCUGGUCUCUGUAGUGGGUGACUUGGACUUGGACCCUGGUUCAUGUGGUCUGAGGAAUCGGCCUGGGAUGAGAUCCACAGUGCAGUGGCCUGGACCGUCCCACCACUACUAGCUUUAUCAAUGGAGGUUCAAAUACCUUCAGAUAGAGCCUGGCGGCACCAGCAAGCUGUCUGGCUGUCUGCCACCAGCCUGGGGCCACCAGCAAUAAGCAUAGAGGAGGAAACUAUCAGUACUGUUCUAGUCCAUAGUGGAUUGGAUUUUGUCACUUUCAUUCAGCAUAUAGAAGGCUUUUGGGGUAAUGCAACACCCUCUGGCAGCCAUGUUGGAAGUCUUUAGUAGUACCAGUUUUCUGCAGAAAAUAUGAGUAGAAGUAGAAGCUAGCAUUUAAAGAGGCUAACUGCAUGCAGACAUUUGUGGCUGAAACAUACAGACUCCAGCAGGUAUGAUGGUUCAAAUGUUUCUUAAUUUGGGUUCACAAAUUAUUAAUUUGUGCCAAUUAAUUUACUGUAAACAUUGUCAUCUAUUAUGCUAUCUAUGAACUUAAACGGGUGUCAAAGAUAAAAGAACCCUUAAAUCAAAAACCUGAACCACUUACCAGUAUCUCAAUCCAAAAUCAAAAUAAACCUAUUUUAAUUGUCCAGUGUGUAACAUUUAGGAGGAUCUAUUGUCAGAAAUGGAAUAUAAUAUUGAUAGGUAUGUUUUCAUUAGCGUAUAAUCACCUGAAAAUGAGAAUCGUUGUGUUUUUGUUACUUUAGAUAACAGAUGUGAUUUGAUAUCUACAGAGGGAGCAGGUGCUUUUCUACAGAGUCCGCCAUGUUUAACUGCCAUGUUCCUACAGUAGCCCAGAACGGACAAAACAAACACUGGCUCUAGAUAGGGCCUUUCAGUGGGCGGCUGUGGCUCAGAGGUAGAGCGGGUCUUCCACUAAUCGGAAGGUUGGUGGUUGGAUCCCCGGCUCGUCUCGCUCCAUGUCGAAGUGUCCUUGAGCAAUGAACCCCAAACUGCUACUGAUGCUGUGCAUCGGUGUAUGAGUGUGUAUGAAUGAUUAGUUUCUGUUCCUGUGAGCAGUUGGCACCUUGCAUGGCAGCCACUGACAUCACUAUAUGAAUGUGUGUGAAUGGGGUGAGUGUGGCAUGUAGUGUACAGCGCAUUGAGUGGUCGAAAGACUAGAAAGACGCUAUAUAAGUACAGUCCAUCUACCAUUUCAACCUUUUCACAAGUUUCAUGGCCACUGUAGUUUCUCCUACACACUUAAAAGGCUGAUGUGUCCUUUAAAGCUAGGCAUGGUGGCUUUUACUGUUCAUUAGAGUGAACAUGUGUGAUCCACCAUCCAAUUGCAUAAAUUCACCAAAAUAUUUAUACUUUACUAAUAUACUUGAUGAAACAAAUUUAAUUUGAUGGUACAAAUUACAAUAAAUUUUCAUUUAACAGCAUAUUCUGGCAAAGCUAAUUCCCUUUUAUUUGAACUGCUGCUGUUGGCUGUAAAAAGAAUAAAAACUAAAUUAAAUUAAUAUUCAAAUAAAUUACAUUAAAAUAUAUUUAAAUUUGGA